GAAACUGAGACACUUAACGGGACGACAUGUUGCGCAUGCACACAAGCCUCCUCUUCCAGUAUUUCGGUAAUGGCUGCCAGGAAAGAUGAACGGACGGGCAGCGUCUUUUCACUUUAGAGCGCACGCUUGCAACGGACCGUUAUCGACGACAGCUCCGAGUGAACAUGCUCCAUAAACGACCCCUAAAGCACCACGAAAGCGGUUUUCAUCGCGGGAACAUCGUCUCUGAAAAAGUGCCCAUUGCCAACAACACGUCUUAGUGGUCAGUUCUGCCAGCAGAUCAGUAUAUAACCUGAGGCCAUGGCAGUGAAGGACCGCGUGGAGGCUGUGCUCAAUGUGGGUCUGCGUGUUCCCAGCAUCAUGCUGCUCGACGUCCUUUACCGCUGGGACGUGAGCUCCUUCUUCCAGAAGAUUCAACGCUCCAGCCUGUCCAACAACCCGCUGUUUCAGUACAAAUACCUGGCACUCUAUCUGCAUUACGUAGGUUACAUCCUGAGCUUGGUGCUCCUGACUCUGCCGCGUCAGCACCUGGUUAAACUGUACCUGUACGUCCUGACUGCUCUGCUGCUCUUCGCUGGUCACCAGGUUUCGAGGGAUUAUGUUCGCAGUGAACUGGAUUCUGGUUAUGAAGGACCUAUUUAUCUGGAACCGCUCUCCAUGAACAGGUUCUCCACGGCUCUCAUAGGUCAGCUGGUGGUGUGCACACUGUGCUCCUGUGUAAUGCAAACCAAGAGGAUUUGGCUCUUCUCGGCUCACCUCCUCCCUCUGGUGGCCAGAUUGUGUCUGGUCCCCCUGGAGACCAUUGUGUUCAUCAAUAAGUUCUCCAUGAUCUUCACAGGCCUGGAGGUCAUUUACUUUCUGGCGUCUAACUUACUGGUACCAUACAACCUGGCCAAAACUGCCUACAGGGAGCUCGCUCAGGUGGUGGAGGUGUACGGCCUCCUGGCGUUAGGGAUGUCUCUGUGGAACCAGCUGGUCCUUCCCGUUCUCUUCAUGUGUUUCUGGCUGCUGCUCUUCACCCUGCAGAUCUACACGUAUUUCAGCACCAGAGACCAGCCGACCUCACGGGAGAGACUUCUUUUCUUAUUCCUCACCAGCGUUGCAGAAUGUUGCAGUACCCCCUACUCUCUGCUGGGGCUCGUUUUCACCGUUUCCUUCAUCGCUCUCGGAGUUCUCACUUUAUGCAAGUUCUACCUGCAGGGCUACAGAGCCUUUAUGAACGACAACACCAUGCACAGAGGAAUGACGGAGGGCAUCACCCUGCUGAUUCUCGCUGUCCAAACCGGCCUGAUAGAGCUGCAGGUCAUCCAUCGAGCCUUCCUUCUCUCCAUCAUCCUCUUCAUAGUCGUUGCUUCCAUCCUGCAGUCCAUGCUGGAAAUCGCUGAUCCCAUCGUCCUGGCGCUGGGGGCCUCUAGAGACAAGAGCCUGUGGAAGCACUUCCGAGCCGUGUCCCUGUGCCUCUUCCUCCUGAUCUUUCCAGCCUACAUGUCUUACAUGAUCUGUCAGUUCUUCCAUAUGGAUUUCUGGCUCCUCAUCAUCAUCUCUUCAUCAAUCCUCACCUCUCUUCAGGUUCUUGGUACUCUGCUGAUCUACGUCCUCUUCAUGGUGGAGGAGUUUCGGAAAGCUCCGGUGGAGAACAUGGAUGAGGUCAUCUACUAUGUCAAUGGGACCUACAGAUUGCUGGAGUUUCUGGUUGCAGUGUGCGUGGUGUGCUACGGCGUCUCAGAAACCGUGUUUGGGGAGUGGAGCGUCAUGGGAAGCACCAUCAUCUUGGUCCACUCGUAUUAUAACGUCUGGCUCCGAGCCCAGCUGGGCUGGCAGAGCUUCCUGCUCAGGAGGGACGCGGUAAACAAGAUCAAAAGUCUCCCCACAGCAAGCGACGCUCAGCUGGAACAGUACAACGACAUCUGUGCCAUUUGCUUCCAGGACAUGAACAGUGCUGUGAUCACGCCGUGCAGCCACUUCUUCCACGCUGGCUGUCUGAAGAAAUGGCUGUACGUCCAAGAAACAUGUCCUCUCUGUCACGCACAACUCAAAAGCCAAUCACCAGCCGCCAGCGUCCCCGCCGACGCCCCUCCAGCCAAUCAGAAUCCUGGAGGACAAGGAGACGCGGCAGCCUGCAACGAUACGAAUGACGAGACCGCGGAGAAGGAAAGAGACGAGGAGGAGGAUGGACCUUCAGCUGCAAGCAGCUCCUCUAAAACAAAUUCACAUCAGACGACGACGACGGAGGACGGCCCCUCCUCUUCCUCCACCCCCGACACAUUAGACACGCCCAGCACCUCUUCAUCUCUUGUCCCCGCCUCCACCUGGAAGCAGUCGUCCUCACAGAUGACUGCCGAGUCUGCGAGUCCACUCCGGGAUCAACUGUCGCCGUCUGAGCGACUCGCCGGCCACUCUGAGGAAUGUUCCCCCCCGCCAUGCAGCCUCUGAGCCCCGCCCAUAACCCCGCGCAUGCAUGAACAUCCAAACACAAUCCAGACACUCAUCCUCGACCUGUCGUAGCUUCUGGCUCUGCCAUCAUGCAGGAAGUCCAACUCAAGAGGAAAAGAACACGAGGGUGGUUGUUGCUUUGGUACGCUGAAGGCAGUUUCCUCCUAAAGGUCAACGUCACUCCGUUUCUCGGUUGUUUUUCUCAUUUUAACGGUGCACAAAACCCCCAGAAUUCCUCAUGUCUGAGAUUGUUGAAUCUGCUGAGCUUUGUCCUUUCAAUGCUGUUUGACCGACAAACCUCCUGCCUUUGGUUGGUGCAGCUUUAACCUAAAGGUCUGCACGGUGCGUCCCGUAUGUGCCAUGACUUACUUCAGGAACGGAUCCGAGGUUGAGACAGCUUUGAGAGCGUGGGGCUCCAGAGUCCUUCACGUUUCUGAAAAAUCUACAAACUCUGGAGCUUUUGCCUCUCGGACGAUUGUAGGUUUGUGUGUUAGUAAACAUUAAACGGCGUGAAUGUGUCUGGAGGCCGUCACAUGACCUGGAGCCUGUUGCUGGUUUACAUGCUGCGGUCUACUCCUGGGAAAAGUAGGCGUGUUCACAUGCAAUGACUCAUUUGACAUGUUCGAGUGCUUCAAUAUAUGAAUCCUACUUUGUUUGGCUGGUCCCAGCAAACACACUUCUAUCCCUCAUCGCCAAAGUUUUUGUAAAACUGUUACAGAACGCUUAUUUUUAAGGUGCUUUUUGCACCGCUUUGACACAGCUGGACCGGAAGAGGGCGCCGGUGAGCGGCUUUGGAUUGAAUUGGAAGCAGAUUUCACUCGUGCACGCUCUGGCCUUUCAGCCCAACUGACGCACAAACACAUUCUGCUCGCCGACUGAAACUCCGUCAGCCACGCCCCCGGCUCUCAUUCACGCUUGUACGUGGAGCAUGCUCGCCGACACCUGUUACUUCAUGGUCGCUUACCAAUCUUUUUCUACCUUCUAUUUUUUUCUUUACGGUUGUUAUUUGCACUAAUGUCAUUUAUACUAGCAGUUCUCCAAAGCUGUUGUGCGGCCGUCAGCAACCAAAAACCCUCUGACGGGAACAGCCUGACCCGUUUGUGUGUAACGUGUACUCCUGUCGCUCUGUAAGAAACUGUAUUAAACCAGCGGAGUGCUGAUAUUUACCUGGUCCGACCUCAUGAUGAGGCUUCUGGAUCAGCAAAGACCGCUCAGUGUUGCUGCUUCUCCAGACUGAAUGAAGCAUCGCUCCGGCAGGUGUGAUCACUCUAGUGCCCUCUGGUGGUAGGAGUGGGAUCUGCCCGGUGCUGACAACCUGGAGAUGUAUUUGUUUAACCCUUCAAAGUAUUACUUCCUCUAGCAUUAACACUCUUAUUACUCUAUAUGACAUUUAGAAUCACUGGCUUCAGGACUGAGAAUGAAUACACAAGUGUAUGAUCAAACCUGACCAGUGCUGCUUUCUUUAAAAUGAAAUGUUUUGCACAUUUUCUUUUGAAAGAUAACUUUGUAUAUAUUUUUUUUUAGUUCUAAUCCUAUGAUUUAAACUUUGUAAUGGGUACCAAGAAAAAUAUCAACUUUUUUUUUCGGCAUUUGAGCCGAGAGAUUUGCCUGCAAGAUUUAAAGAAAUCAAAAGUGUGAAGUUGAUCAACGUCUUUGGCAGCUGUUUGUGAAUGUGCAUUUCAGUAUUAAAUGUGAACAUUGUUGGGCAGGAGUUUGUCAGCUGUUGAUUCCACCUGCAUUUGCUUGUUUUUUGUUGCAGUCUCACUCGACUGCUCUAAAUUCAACCCAGUUUUUCAAACUGAUAGUGUUUUUUAAAUAAAUGCUACAGAGCAUUUUGACAUUUUGUCUCAUAGUUGAGAUAACCUCUGUGGGAUUAACUUCAUAUAAAUGCAUCAGUGACCUUGUCAGGUCCUUUUGUUUAUGUGCUGUGCCAACAAAUUCAUUAUUGGUGCUUCUGGUGUUAAAAAUUUCUACUCUUAAAAGUGUUAGAACAUAUCAGUUUCUGUCUGAUUAGACGUCUAAGCAAAUCUAGAGACUGAAUCUCCAGCUGCCAACCAGCUCCCUGUGAACAGAUGUACUGUAUUUGCUGAAAGCAUUUUUACCGGCUGUCCACGUCUGUCCUGUCUGACAGAUCUGAGGAGAUCUCGCUCAGAAAUGAAGGUCACGUUCAGGGCUUCUUGUUCAGAUUUGAUUGGAAACUUCUGGUUUUGAGAGCCAGUAAUGUUUGCUUUCUAAUGCCCCCCCCUCAACACACAGUUUGGUUUAGACGGACGGGUUCAGACUGGCAUCGCCUUGGUGGGAUUAAAAAAACAGUCAAUAAAUGAACCAUCCACUGCAGAAA